AUGUCUUCCCUUUUCCAGAAAAGGGUAUCAUUCAAUAACCUCUAUAAUGAUGUUAUUGACCCUGAACAUCCUCGCCACUCCCCAAAAUUCAUAUCAAAUAACCAGGAUUCAUCACAGGAUAAAAAGGACCUCAAUUUUGGUUACUCUGUUUCUAGUUCCUCAAAUUUAACCCCAAACGACCUCUCAAAAGUUUUCAAAUUCAACGAAUUCAAUUUUAUCAACCAAAAUGAUCGCUUUUACAAUGACUUACAGAGUCAAAAAAACUUCAACGAGCAGGCCCUCCGAAAACAAAAGUUAAAGAAUGAAAAGCUUCCUUUUAUAUCAAAGGAUAAAUCUAUUCUUAAAGUCAGUGGUAGUGACUCAUAUACACAGCUGGUUACUGAUAACAGGGAUAGUCUCUACUUGAGAAGCAGCAAUCAAAAAUUUAAUACCAAUUCCCAUGCACAUGACAGUCCAACAUCUUUCUCUAAUGUUUCUAACCGUUUUAAAGCAGAAGACCAGGACCAAAUAACUUUGAGAAAUACUCAACUCAAUAUCAAUCUUGACCCGAAUAUUCUACAUGAUGCUCUUGCCAGCAUAGAAAACGAAACAGCUCCCUCGAGUAAACCUCAACAACUGAAAAGAAAGAGACUUACGGAAAUGACAGAUGAAGAAAUCUUAUUACUCGACAAUCAGUUCAAACUGAGCUCUUUGGCUAACCUGGAUUUCAAGAAUGCGGUACUCAACGAUCUUGAAAACUCAAUUGAGCUCUCCAAAUUUAAGGCUCUUGCGAAUAGUUUACACAGUGCAUCUCACGCUAAUGAAAAAUCUGUCACAACAAAAUAUUCAAAGGAGGGUGUUAAUAUAACUAACAUUUUUGAUAAAAGCUACCCUUCCAAACCAGUAGUUACCUACAAAUCCUUUGUUUUGCAUUCCCAGCAUACGAUUUUUGAUGCUGUGCGUGAUGAAAACGCAAACUUCACUUAUUGCCCCAAAGAUAUUAUUCUCAAAAAAUUGAAUAAGGAAAACAAGAUCAGCUCUUUGGGCUCAUGCAAAUUAUUAGACACCACAGAAGAUAUUUCUAAUUUAGAUGAAACACUAGGUUCAAACAAAACUGUGAUGGUAUACAUUUCUGGUAGGAAGCAUACAUGGAGCUCCCUUGAAUAUUUAUUUAAUGCCGGAACUCCAGCUACCAGUAACAAUAACUUGCUAAAAGAUGGAGAUGAUUUAGUACUAUUCACCGUUAUUCCUAGCGACUUUGAACUGAUUGAAGAUAUUAUUAAUACAGAUAACGAAACAAUUGCCAAAUCUUCUGAAAAAAAGGAUAGCGGCAACUCAUUGACUCGUUACAAAAGCACCAGUAUGUUGGACGAUUUGAAUAGCUACAAUUUGCGGAAAUUGAAAAGUAAUACUGGCUCUAAAAGACUUUUGCCACCUCCGCCGAAGACUUCUAGGUCUUAUUCUUCUGUUGAAUUCGAGCUUAAGAGGAUCACAAGCAAUUCAUCCUCUCCGCAAGUGGAACUGCCUGUCUUUUCAUCAAAAAUGAAGAAAGCGCCUACAAAUCAAAGAAAGAAGUUAAUCUGUGAUAAGGUUUCUCUCAUUGCCAGAAAAUUGAUGAAGACCAUUGAGAAUCUAGCUGAACGCAACAAUGUUAUCAUUCGUAUUACUGUGGAAGUUUGUUCUGAUAAGCCGCUCGAUGAAGACUUAGACACCUUUUAUCGUGAUGCAGCGACUGAAAGAUCAGAUAAGGCUAUGAAAAGCGAAGAAACAACACCUAGUGCUGAUUUUUAUGACCCUGUAUUAUCUAGACCACUCUCCCAUUUUAAAAAACACAGGGAUACUGCCAAGAUUGAUAUGAAAUUCGUAUUAACUAAUAUUAUUGAAGUAUAUUCUCCUGAUAUGUUCGUUAUUGGUUCAAAACCUGAUCGUUAUUCGGAUUUGGCGACUAACAGAUACCAAAACUCCUCUAAUUGUGAAACAUUGAAUUCCUUGAGUGAGAACUUUGCUUCCAGCUAUAGCGGCCCAUCUAGCCGGGGUAGCAGCAGAAGACAAAGUGUCGUCGAUGAACCAUCCUCUUCUAGACCUUUAUUUAGUGCUUCUCCAUCAUCUACAAGCGUCAGCUCUGUCAAUGUAAUGAUUGGCGCAGAUAUGGCGCUUAGAAAAACCCUUACAAAUAGUAAGUUAUCAAGGGUGAAUACUAAUAGCUCAGUUGAAAAUCUUUGGAGAUCUGGUACUAAUAAUAGCCACACACUACCGCAUUCUCAUGGGGUUAAACUAAGCGAAUUUCUUGUACAAAGGACAAAUAUUCCUGUGUUGAUUGUUCCAACUGAUAGUCUUAAGUAUUUUGAUGAAAGUCAAAAGAGAACAUUGGGAUCUCAACAUGAGGAAAACUGGAUGACAGAUUGGACUCAAAGGUUUAUUGAUUUUGAUGGACAUGACGAUUCGGAAAGUACUGAGUUUGAUUAUAGUGAUGAUAAUGAUAAUCUCUCUCUCCAUAACUCUAAAAGCACACAAACCGAAAUCUCUACUGCCCAUGGUGACGUUGAUAAACUUGGUUUGAUGUUGGAAUCAAUUUCUCAAUCAAUUAGCAACACCGUCACUGGUAAAUGUCAGUUGAACCUGGCAACUGGAAAUAACUUUCGGUGCCUGGAAACGUUUUUUAAGGAUAUGCUUACUGCUGCUUCUGAUAAAUCCUUUAAUGAAUCUUUGAAUUUUCUCCAGAAUUCCAAGCAUUCAAAUGACAAACAAUUACCGCUCACUACUCGUACUCGCCGGAUUUUGAAAAGAAAAAAAUAUGUCGAUGGUUCAAAAGUCAAUACUCAUGACAAGGCUGGAAGUGGAUAUGGUGGCGAAUAUGUAGGCUGGAGAAAACAAGAAAAAUCUAAAAUUGGUAAUGAUCAAAAGGUUCUAGAAACUGAAAGCGACAGUGAAACCGAUGGCGAAAGUAGCGAGGAUGAUGAUCUCGAUAAACCAUAUUAUCCUAAAUAUUUAAUGAAAUCUCAGAUGCAAGAACCUCCAAGAAUUCAUUUUGUCAAUAUUGGUGAGUCACCCAGAAUCCAGGUUUCAAAGCUGGUGACUAAUGGCAGUUCUACACAGGGUUCAUUUCUUGCAAAGGCUAACACCAACUCAAGCAGUUUGACUUACCAAGAUAUUCUCAGGACAACAAAGAACCAGGUCGGUACAGUACCAAAGGAGAAUUCACUAAAAGUAACCCAUGCUUCUAAAUCUUACAAGGGAAAGUUCAAAUCUAGCUCCAGAGAUAGAAGUCUGAAGAAACCAGGAUUCUUCAAGAAGUUAUUUAAAAAAUAA